AUGGUUGCGUUCGGGUAUCGACUGGUGAAUGUUUUAGGCAAGUCAUUCACUGGUGGGAAUCUAGUGUUUACACCUGAUGGGGAGACAAUCUUGUCACCGGUCGGCAACCGUGUGGUGGCGUUCAGUCUCGUUUCUGCCGGGAGUCGGACACUUGAUGCGAUCUCUCGCGCUGACAUCGAAGUCCUUGCUCUCAGUUCAGCAGCAUCUGGUGAUUAUCUGCUUGCAGUAGACGUAGAUGGCCGAGCGCUCUUCAUAAGUCUUGUGUCAGGGGCUGUCCUGCACCGCUUUCGCUUCUGCGGUGGGGCCGUCCAGCAAGCUCUCUUUGCCCCGGACGGUGAGCGCUUAGCCGUAGGCGUCGGUUCUAGCCUGCAGAUCUGGCAGGUUCCCACGGACCGAGCGUUUCUUCCGGAGUUUGCGCCGUUCGUUCGCGUAAAAACGAUAGCUGCACACCCUGAUCAGGUGACUGCACUGGCGUGGUCGCCUUCGGGGCAACUGCUGUUGUCGGGUGCGCGAGACCACAGUCUGCGGCUUGUGCACGCCAACGGUGGCUUUGACGCACCGAUAUCCUUGCGAGGCCAUCGAGACGUGAUCCUGUGGACUGCUUUUGGGCAGGAUGAUACCCAAGCCUACUCUCUGAGCGUGGACGGCACACUGAUCACCUGGCGAAUCGCUCGCGAGGCCACAGCAUCCAUCGAUGAGCGGGAACGAGCAAUGGAGUCCGUUCACGAGCCGGACGGCAUCCUUGAGGAUGCACCUCCAUUGCCUGCGUUAAACGGUCUCAGCGAAACACUGGCGAAGAAGCGUGGAAACGAUGCAACCGCCAGCAACGGUACAGGAACGCGGACGCGCUCCGGUCGCCGCCGGAAUGCACACCGAGAGCUGGUUCGUUGUUUGAACAAGACGAACCUCUUCAUUGGCAGCGAGGGUAGUCGUCAGCCGCGGCAUGUGCGCGUCACAUGUGCGCAUGCGCUCAUGAAGCGUCGGCUCCUUGCCCUGGGUCUUUCGAAUGGCGUUCUUAUGCUGGUGGAGCUUGAGCCCCAGCCCGAGCCGGGGGUGAUGACGCGGCUUGUGCAGCAGUUUUCGGUUUCGGCAGCACCAUUAUCGGCGAUCACCAUUCAUCCUGAUGGAGAAUGGAUUGCGCUCGCUUCUGCUUUGACGUCGGCGCUCAUUGUCUGGGAAUGGACCAGUGAAAAGUACGUGCUGAAACAGCAGGGGCACUGGCUGGACCUAACCUGCCUCGCCUACGCACCGAGAGGAGAUGUGAUCGCUACUGGUGCCGCGGACGGUCUUGUGAAACUCUGGUCAACGUUCACCGGGUUCUGUGCAUUGACCCUGGAUGAUUUGCACACGCAACGCUUAACGGGGCUUGCUUUUUCCCAACGGAGCGGCGUCCUUUUUUCCUGUUCCACAGACGGCACUGUGCGAGCGAUCGACUUGAAGCGCUAUCGAGCAUUUAGGACGCUGCGUGGACCAGCUGGCGCCUCCAGCGGUGUAAGCUAUCCUUUUACCUGCCUUGCGGCAGAUGAGAGCGGAGAUCUGGUCGCUGCCGGUUGCAAAGAGCCGUUCGUUGUCUGCGUAUGGCAUGUGCGCACGGGGCAGCUCCUGGAGACGCUUGCUGGGCAUGAAGCUCCAAUUUCUGCGGUCGCUUUCAACGGCGUCACAGCGGAAGCAGAGGGCUUGCGUUUGGCCUCGGCGUCCUGGGACGGCACCGUGCGACUCUGGGCGCUGCUCGCGACCGGGAGCCGUCUUGAUGCGCAGGUGCUGCGUCACGCGAAGGAGGUUCUGACUAUGGCCUUCCAUCCCGACGGGCGUGAGCUGGUUAGUGCGACAGCGGAUGGGACGCUCACCCUGUGGGAUACGCGCCUCGCUACCGUGCGAGCAACUCUUGAAACGCGCCGAGACUGUGAGGCAGCCGGAGCCCGAGACGCGCCCUACGUGUCCACUCUUUGCUACACAACGGAUGGGCAGUUCUUGCUUGCUAGUGGCGGCGAUGCUACUGGUGUACUCGUGUACAGCCGUGCGACGUUGCAAUGCAUCCGCCGGAUCGAACUCUUUCCGACUUUUAUAUGCGAACGACGAUCAGCGGCGAAGGCAGCACCAGCGACCUCGGCAGCACCAGCCUCCGAAAACAAGCUUCUGCGUGCGCUCGCCGCCAAAACCCCAUCAUCUGAGACACGAACGCAUCGCCUAGCACUCCGAAUCCUGCACGAGCAUCGUGAUCGAAAGCGUUCUGCGCGUAUGCUUCGUGUCCAGAGCAUCCAGGUUGCACCCGGAACGGAAACCUGGGCGGCUGCGACCACCGACGGGCUGUUUCUCUUUGCACACGCCUUGGGAAGUUUUGCGACGGCGGCUCCACUCUGGCGAGGCUCGCUCGGAGCUGCCUUUGAUCCCGUGGAUCUGGCCGUGGACGUCACGCCGUCGAAUAUGCUCCAAGCGAUUCGCGAGGGUCGCUGGGCCCUGGCGCUCUCGCUCGCGCUUCGGCUCAACGAACCAGGCUACGUCUACGACAUGCUGGGGCAUGUUCCAGCGGACCAAGUCGACAUCGUUGUCCGCGCGCUUUCCGCUGUCCACGUACCGACCCUCAUCUCACUCUUGGCCGAGGCGCUUGUUGGUUCGUUGCGACUGAAGCGCUCUCGCCAUUGGGAGUAUCUCCUGCGCUGGUGCAGUGCAUUGCUCGUCUGGCACGGAGAGGCUGCCACCCGGGCCACUGGGACGAAGGGCGAGCCCGUGCCUCGGCGGCAGCUGCGUGUCGGGCGCAACUAUCGCCUGGACGCUGCGCUUUUAGCACUGCAUCGAGCGCUUCUGCACUAUCGGGAUACCCUGGAGCGACUUUGUGACGAGAAUCGCGCCCUUCUCCAAUUGUGUGUCGAUAGUGCCCCAGUGGAGCAGGUAACAUCGACGUAG